UGUCGCAGUAGUACGCCCCAAAAUCAAAACGGUUUUCAGUUUCAUUUUGUUCUUUUACUUCCCUCGCACCAAACCCUCCUCUCUCUUACUCUCUCUCCAAAUCCUCUGGAGUCUGAAUAUAAAUGCACCCCUGCCCUACCUUCCCUCACAUUCCAGAGUGAGUGAUCAGACAGAGAAGGAGGAGGUUCUCCCUGUCCUUAAUUCGCUGUUUGUUUCGGCAAUACUCCAAGAGCUUAAAAUGCAAAAGGACCCCUCCUCCGCCCGUUGCGGACCCACCGCCACAGCCGCAAUCAACAUAUCCUCCCCAUUCAAGUCUCAACUCCAUCCAGACGGCGCCCUAUACACCUCCCCCUACUCCCCAGUCUUCCCUACCAAUACUUCCAUUUCCGAGUCGGACUCGGGCUUCUCUGAUGCAACCUCAAGCGUCGUCUCCAAUCACCUCCACCACUCCCGCUCCAUAAAGGAGCACCAGGAGAUCGUGAACCGCCAUUCUCUUUGCCUCACUCACCUCCGCGAGGCCACCAGAGAAGCCGAGGCCCUCCGCCAAGAGAACACACACCUCCAAGCCUUGAACCGCGAGCUCAACAAGCAGCUCAGCCUCCUCUUCCACGCCUCGGCCCAAAACCAUCUCGCCUCAUCCUCCACCGAUUACACAGCGUCUCUUGAGGUUCUGGACGCCUUUCGCGGCUUCAGUAUCGAGGACGAGGGGAGUGCUUGGGAUGACGUGGCGGAGGGGAGCCCGACGAGCGUGAUCGAGAGCGGAAGGGUCCAGAAUGUUGAUGUGGAGCGGUUCUCGCUGCCGAAAAGUAUCUCAGUGAGAUCCAAUGGUUACUUGAAGGUGGCUACUCAGGCAAAUGCCAGUGGAGGCGGUCGGACUCGGAGCGCGACUGGGCUUCGCAGUACAAACCCACUCAAUAUGACGCAAAAGGUGUACGUGCCGGGAGGGAAGCAAGAGGAGGAGCCACUUGAACUAGAAGUGUACAACCAAGGCAUGUUCAAGACAGAGCUAUGCAACAAGUGGCAGGAGACUGGUGCAUGCCCUUACGCAAACCACUGCCAGUUUGCUCAUGGCGUUGAGGAGCUCCGCCCAGUCCUCCGCCACCCACGCUACAAGACUGAGGUUUGCAGGAUGGUCCUUGCUGGUGUUUCCUGCCCUUACGGCCAUAGGUGCCACUUCCGUCAUGCACUCACUGACCAGGAGAAAGCCAUAUUUGGGUCCGGUUUAUAAACACCAUCAACACUAAAAAAAAAUGGUACAGUACAUAAUAAUACACAUUGAUGUAACAAGCACAAAUAUAGACAUACAAAAGACAAAAAAUAAAUAGUAUCAUGUGGCAGAGAGUGAGGAAACUCUUCUUUUAUAUCUGCCCCGUUUUGGUUCCAUUUAAACGACAUACUGAAACAUUGAUCAUGUUCAGCUUAUAUGUGAUCAUUUUUGGUGGUUUGAAUAUCAACCAGAAAGAAACUCUUUU